CGCGCCCUGCUCCGCCGCGGACCCGGCGCCCGCUCCGGCGCCCGGGGUGAUGCCAUGCCCCGCAACCACGGCGGCGGGGAGGAGGGCGGCUCCGCGGGGCUCUGGGUGAAGAGUGGCGCGGCAGCUGGCAUGAAGGAUGUGGAGUCGGGCCGGGGCAGGGCGCUGACGAGCUCAGCGGCCCGCGGAGACGGCCUGCUGCUCCUGGGCACCGGCGGCGCGGCCGCCCCCGGCGGACUGCGGGAGGGCCGCCGCGGGAAGCACGGCGCCCGCAUGAGCCUGCUGGGGAAGCCGCUGUCUUACAGCAGCGGACCGAGCUGCCGCAGGAACGCCAAGUACCGCCGCUUGCAGAACUACCUGUACAACGUGCUGGAGCGGCCCCGCGGAUGGGCCUUCGUCUACCACGCCUUCGUUUUUCUCCUUGUGUUUGGUUGCUUGAUUUUGUCCGUGUUUUCUACUAUUCCUGAACACACAAAACUUGCCUCUGGUUGUCUCUUCAUUUUGGAAUUUGUCAUGAUUGUUGUCUUUGGUUUGGAAUUUAUUAUUCGUAUCUGGUCUGCUGGGUGCUGCUGUCGGUACCGAGGAUGGCAAGGAAGACUGCGCUUUGCGAGGAAACCGUUCUGUGUGAUAGACAUCAUUGUUCUCAUCGCUUCAAUAGCAGUUGUUUCUGCAAAAACUCAAGGUAACAUUUUUGCAACAUCAGCACUGAGAAGUCUUCGUUUCCUACAGAUCCUUCGUAUGGUGCGCAUGGACCGAAGAGGAGGCACUUGGAAAUUGUUAGGUUCUGUAGUUUAUGCACAUAGCAAGGAAUUAAUCACAGCCUGGUACAUAGGAUUUUUAGUACUCAUCUUCUCAUCUUUCCUGGUUUAUUUGGUGGAAAAAGAUGCAAAUACCGAAUUCUCCACAUAUGCAGAUGCUCUCUGGUGGGGCACAAUCACAUUGACAACCAUUGGCUAUGGAGACAAAACUCCUCUUACUUGGCUUGGAAGGUUGCUUUCUGCAGGAUUUGCUCUACUUGGCAUUUCUUUCUUUGCACUACCUGCUGGCAUCCUUGGCUCAGGAUUUGCAUUGAAAGUGCAGGAACAGCAUCGUCAGAAACACUUUGAGAAAAGAAGGAAUCCAGCUGCAAGUCUAAUUCAGUGUGUAUGGCGUAGUUAUGCUGCUGAUGAGAAAUCAGUUUCCAUUGCUACCUGGAAGCCUCAUUUGAAGGCCUUGCAUACCUGCAGCCCUACAAAAAAAGAACAAGGGGAAUCUUCUAGCAGUCAAAAGCUAAGUUUCAAGGAGCGGGUCCGGAUGGCCAGCCCACGAGGUCAAAGUAUAAAAAACAGGCAAUCUUCAGUGGGAGAUCGCCGGUCACCAAGUGCUGACAUUGCCACCGAGGGCAGCCCAACCAAAGUGCAGAAGAGCUGGAGCUUCAAUGACCGAACUCGCUUCAGGCCCUCGCUGCGGCUCAAGAGCUCCCAGCCCAAACCCAUGGUUGAUGCUGACACCAGUCUUGGAACAGAUGAUGUUUAUGAUGACAAAGGGUGCCAGUGUGAUGUGUCUGUAGAAGAUCUCACCCCUGCUCUUAAAACUGUCAUUAGAGCUAUCAGAAUUAUGAAGUUUCAUGUUGCAAAGAGAAAGUUCAAGGAAACGCUUCGCCCUUAUGAUGUCAAAGAUGUCAUUGAACAGUAUUCAGCAGGUCAUCUAGACAUGUUAUGCAGGAUUAAGAGUCUUCAGUCACGCGUUGACCAAAUUCUUGGGAAAGGACAAAUCACAGCAGAUAAAAGAAGCAGAGAGAAGAAUCCUGCAGAGCAUGAGACAACUGAUGAUGUCAGUAUGUUAGGGCGGGUAGUCAAAGUGGAGAAACAGGUACAAUCCAUUGAAUCAAAACUGGACUGUCUAUUAGAUAUUUAUCAACAAGUUUUGCGAAAAGGAUCUGCAUCUGCACUCACCUUGGCUUCAUUUCAAAUGCCAGCUUUCGAGUGUGAGCAGACUUCUGAUUAUCAGAGUCCAUCAGACAGCAAAGAUUUGUCUAAUUCUGCACAACUUAGUGGAUGUGUAUCCAGAUCAGCUAGUGCCAAUCUGCCUCGUGGCCUACAGCUUAUACUGACACCAAAUGAAUUUAGCACUCAGGCUUACUAUGCUUUUAGUCCAGCUAUGCAUAGUCAAGCAACACAAGUGCCAAAUGAUGGACCUGCAACGGUAAAUAAUACAUCAAACCAAAUAAACCAGACAACUAAGCCAGCAACUCCGACAACAUUACAAAUACCACCCUUCUCAUCGAUGAAGCAUAUCAAUAGGCCUGAGCCCAUUCAUAUUAUUCCUGUAACCACACAGGAAAAUAUUUCUAAUGUCACCGCUUGCCUUGUUGCAUCAAAGGAUAAUGGACAAGUUGCACAGCCUAGUGCGACAAAGGAUCUCACAUGGAGAAAAAGUCUGGAUACAGAAGGGGAACCUUUGCUCUCAGUUAAACCUGUAGCGCAAAUGGAUUUAGGAAAAUCUUUAUCAGUACAAAACCUUAUACAGUCAACAGAAGAACUGAAUAUACAGAUUGCUGGCAGUGACUCCAGUGGUUCCAGAGGUAGCCAAGAUGUAUACUCCAAAUGGAGGGAGUCAAAAUUAUUUAUAACGGAUGAAGAGUUGGAGACAGAGGCAGGGACAGAGACUACUGAAGCCAUCUCGCGCCCGUUAGUGGAAACAACUCUCUCUGCUGACUCUCUAAGGACUGGAAUAUCAAGAUCAUCUCAAAAUAUCUGCAAGCCAGGGGAUGGUACAGAAGCACUCAAUCUGCUCCACGUCAAACUUAAAUAACUUCUGGCUUUCUUCAUUGGCUGGGUCAUUCCUCUAGUCAUACAUAUCAUAGCAUGAACUGUUUUGAAAGCCUUUUUAAUAAGAUAAAAUCACAAAAAUCAGGAUGAAUCUGCAAAGCAGUUGAAUGAGCCCAUAUUUCCUAGUUGCAUGAAAAAGCAUGUCUAAGCAAUGGCUAACAUCCAAAUUUACACCUACAGUACAGCAGCCUUUCAUGUAGUACAGUAGGUUUAAACAAUGAGUUGCCUACAAAGCUAAUGCUGCAGGAUGUAUCAAAAAACAAAAAAUUGAGCAUUUAGACCUUGUGCUGUUUCUAUGGGGCAGAAGUAAAAAAAUCUUAAGGUUUAAAGCACUUUGCUUCUGAACUGAUUAUAUAUAUAUAUAAUGUCCUGAUUUAGAUGAUAGUUUAUGUUUACAACAAAAAGAUUAUCUACAGCUGCUAGCAAGGUACCAAGGAAAUGAAUAACAUGGGGUUAGAAAUGGCUGACAGUCACAAGAUACACACAUUAACUCAUCAGUAAUCAGUUAUUUUUAGCUCUGAAGAACAGUAUGUUAAUACCUGUCCAGUGCUGUGGCAGAAGUACCUGACACACCACUGUCACAUUGUUCUUUAUAACAAGAACUAAUUUGUUACAAAAGGUUUAUAUUUUAAGGAUUGGGUCUGGCCUCAGAAGUGGAUAACGUGGGUGACUGCACUGAAAAUUCAAGGGAAUAUCUCCUUCUUCUAGUCUCAUUGAGAAGCUGACUUGUGAAUCUGAACCAUUUUGGCAGCAGUAGGUGAGGGAAGGAAGCAGGUGCUGCCUUUAUUGUAGAAGCAGUAUUUCCUUCUUGUGAAAAUUUUGGCAAUUUUCCUUGCAGUCCCAACCUGAUACUACAAUAGCACUUUCAUAAGGCUGGACAAGAAGGGAAAAUAAGGAACUGAAAUACAGAGUAAAACUAAAGAGGACAGAAGGGAGAAAGACAACACAGUCAAUGGGAAAAUAAAUAAACAAUAAUGUGGAUUUAGAUGGGUAGGAAGGGAAAUCAUCCCAGAAAAUAAAACAAGAAAGGUAAAGAAGGAAAAAGUUACAUGUUUGGUUUUUUUCUCACAGAUACUGUGUUAUUAAAAAAAAAAAAAAGCUACACAGGCAAGGGCUUGUUGCUUUUUUAAUAAAAGGGGAAGAGGAGAGAGGGAAAAUGGUCCCACUCUUAGCUCAACACUAUGUCCCAACUACCGUAAUUUCUUAUGAACUUUCCAACACAGGACUCACUGACUCCUUCCUGCUAUAACCCAAAUUUUCAAAUUCAAAGCCUGAGCAUCAGACUGACCAUUCCUGCCUGAUACAUCCUCUUUUCUUUUCUUACUCUAGCCUACACGUCACUUCUGCUGAGGUGCAGGAGCAGUGUUAGUGCCUGCCUGCACACCCCCAGCAAGGCUUUGCCACUGGGAGAAGCCUUUGCAGACCCUAAACGGGCUUUCACUCUUCCCAGCUGAAUGAGGUUUCUGUGUGUUGCCUCCUGCCAGAUUGUCACCCCACCUGCACCACAGGCUUGUAGACAACCCAGCUUGGGCUCAGCUUCCCUCUAGCAGCAGGAAUAUCGAAUGUACGGGUGUGCCAGUGCCAGCUCACUCAGGGCAGUGUUUUCUCAAGGCCCAGACCCGCUGGGAACUCGCUAUGUACUUCAAAAACAUCACUCCAGUCUUAACUGUGGCUAAAUGCUGUAGAUUGUAUUGUGAAGGAGCUGAUCUGUUUACUAUGAAACCAUUGUAACUUAUGCUUCCAUUUGCUUUACAGAAGUAUUCCUGGAUGUUACAUGAGAACUUUAUUAUGUGGAAGUACGUGCAAACUGUAGAGUGUAUAUAUUGUGUCAUUAUACGGGGUCCAUGGAUGGUACACUGUGUUCCAUGGCUUAUGCCGGAGCAAACUUCAGUUGUUAAAUCCUGAAAGACACCUUGAAGCACAAUUUCCUCACCGCUGAUUUGCCAUAUAGUUCACCACAUUCAGCCUUUCCUGUUUUCCUUUAUGUGCAAUCUGACCAUACCGAAGCCUGAUUACAACAGCAAUUUUUUGAGGAUAAAUACAUUUUUUUCCACAUCUCAGUUCACUUAACUGUUAACUUAUUUGAAUGUCUGCAGUUUAUCCAGACAGAUAUGGAAGUUUAAAGUAUCGAAAAUUUUAAAAUUGUAAUAGUUUUUUAGGCUACUUUUUCCUUUUUCCUGUUUAUGGUGCCUUUCUUGCCUUUCAUGUGAAGCCUCCUGCUGACCUAAGAAGCAUCAAUGUGCUGUCAGGUUCAGUUAAGGAGCAAGCAAUUGGGCACAUGGCAACUGUGUGUCCAUAGUGAAACUCCCUUCCCCUCCUUGACGAGACCGAAAAUCCAAGGCAUCAUGAAUUGGACACCACUCUUCCACCCUCAUCUGCAGGAGCAGAUGGUUGCACCCCCAUUGCAGCCGGAAGGCGCCAAUGGGAGAACUGAGCAAUGGCCCUGCCUGUCCCGAUUCUGCACAGAAACAGGGCCUUGGGGUUUGCUGAUAAUUUAUCUCACGGAAACUUGGUAUUUUUGCCUUAAAUGAGAUGCUUGAGUCCUUCUAACUUUAAGUUAAUUUAUUUAAUACAAUUUUGUGCACAAAAGAAUGAGUUCUAUAAAUUAUGUAUGAAAAUAUUAAUGUCUUUACAAAGAACUGAUAAACCCAGAAGAUCGUAUCUUUUCAAAUUAAGGUUUAAAAUUCUAAUUUUUUUUCUU